GGUCAGACCAAGCACGAUUGAGACUGCUGAGGCAGGCCAAGUCUAAGCAACAUGCGAUGAGUUUAUUGCCAUCUGGGUGCAGAUGGGCCACGGUGUUUUCACAGUCCUGCAUUUGGUAUGGAGAGUGUGGAAUUGCAUCUGGAGAUAAAAGGUACAACUGCAAAUAUUCUGGACCGCCGAAGCCACUGCCAAAGGACGGGUAUGACUUAGUGCAGGAGCUCUGUCCGGGAUUCUUCUUUGACAAUGUCAGCCUAUGUUGCGAUGUUCAGCAGCUCCAGACACUGAAAGAGAACUUGCAGCUGCCUCUGCAGUUUCUGUCCAGAUGUCCAUCCUGUUUUUAUAACCUAAUGAACUUGUUUUGUGAGCUGACCUGUAGCCCUCAUCAGAGCCAGUUUCUGAAUGUCACAGCAACUGAAGAUUAUGUUGAUCCUUAUACAAACCAGACAAAAACAAACGUAAAAGAGUUACAGUACUAUGUUGGACAGAGUUUUGCCAAUGCGAUGUACAAUGCCUGCCGGGAUGUGGAGGCCCCCUCAAGUAAUGUCAAGGCCCUGGGCCUGCUGUGUGGGAGGGAUGCUGACACCUGCAAUGCCACCAACUGGAUUGAGUACAUGUUCAAUAAGGACAACGGACAGGCGCCAUUUACCAUCACACCCAUCUUUUCAGAUCUUCCCAUCCAGGGGAUGGAGCCCAUGAGAAAUGCCACCAAAGCCUGCAACGAGUCUAUAGAUGAGGUCACGGGGCCGUGCAGCUGCCAGGACUGCUCCAUUGUCUGCGGCCCCAAGCCCCGGCCCCCACCCCCUCCCGCGCCUUGGCAACUCCUCGGCUGGGACGCCAUGUAUGUCAUCAUGUGGGUCACCUACAUGGCCUUUCUGUUCGUAUUUUUUGGAGUAUUUUUCGCAGUGUGGUGCUACAGAAAACGAUACUUUGUCUCGGAGUACACGCCCAUCGACACCAAUGUGGCUCUCGGUGCGCACGCCUUUGACAAAGGGGAGGCAUCCUGCUGCGACCCACUGGGGGCCUCGUUCGAGGGCUGUUUGAGGCGCCUCUUCACACGGUGGGGGGCUUUCUGCGUCCGAAACCCUGGCUGCGUCAUUUUCUUCUCACUGGUCUUCAUUGCCACGUGCUCUUCAGGCCUGGUGUUUGUCCAGGUGACCACCAACCCGGUGGACCUCUGGUCGGCCCCCAGCAGCCAGGCCCACCUGGAGAAGAAGUACUUUGAUACGCACUUCGGGCCCUUCUUCCGGACGGAGCAGCUCAUCAUCCAGGCCCCGAACACCAGCAAACACCUCUACUCCCCGUACCCCUCCGGAGCCGACGUGCCCUUUGGGCCUCCGCUUGACAAGGAGAUCUUGCACCAGGUUCUCGACUUACAAAUAGCCAUUGAAAACAUUACUGCCUAUUAUAACAAUGAGACUGUGACACUUUGGGACAUCUGCUUGGCCCCUCUCUCGCCGUAUAACAAGAACUGCACCAUCUUUAGUUUGCUAAAUUACUUCCAGAAUAGCCAUGCUACGCUGGACCACGAAGUAGGGGACGACUUCUUUGUGUACGCUGACUACCAUACGCACUUCCUGUACUGCAUCCGGGCUCCCGCCUCUCUGAAUGACACGACCAUGCUCCAUGACCCUUGCCUGGGGACGUUCGGAGGACCAGUGUUCCCGUGGCUCGUGCUAGGCGGCUAUGAUGAGGAAAACUACAAUAAUGCCACUGCCCUUGUGAUUACCUUCCCUGUCAAUAAUUACUACGAUGAUCCGGAGAAGCUCCAGCGGGCCCAGGCCUGGGAGAAAGAGUUUAUUAACUUUGUGAGCAACUACAAGAAUCCCAACCUGACCAUUGCUUUCUCUGCUGAACGGAGUGUUGAAGAUGAGCUGAACCGAGAAAGCGACAGUGAUGUCUUCACCAUUGCGAUCAGCUAUGGAGUCAUGUUUCUGUACAUCUCCCUAGCCUUGGGCCACAUCAGAGGCUGCUGCAGGUUUCUGAUAGACUCUAAAAUCUCCCUUGGCAUUGCGGGGAUCCUGAUUGUGCUGAGCUCAGUGGCCUGCUCCCUGGGCAUCUUCAGCUACAUUGGGAUCCCGUUGACCCUCAUAGUUAUUGAAGUCAUCCCAUUCCUGGUGCUGGCUGUUGGGGUGGACAACAUUUUCAUCCUGGUGCAGACCUACCAGAGAGAUGAACGUCUUCAAGGAGAAACCCUGGAUCAGCAACUGGGCAGGGUUCUAGGAGAAGUGGCUCCUAGUAUGUUCCUGUCAUCCUUCUGCGAGACUACAGUAUUUUUCUUAGGAGGACUGUCGUUGAUGCCAGCCGUGCACACCUUCUCGCUGUUUGCGGGGAUGGCGGUCCUCAUCGACUUCCUCCUUCAGAUUUCCUGUUUCAUGAGUCUCUUGGGCAUGGACAUUAAGCGUCAGGAGAAAAACCGGCUGGACAUCCUGUGCUGUGUCAGAGGUGCUGACGAUGGGAGAAGCAUCCAGGCCUCCAAAGGCUGCCUGUUCCGCUUCUUUAAGAACUCCUAUUCCCCACUUCUGCUGAAAGACUGGAUGCGGCCACUUGUGAUAGCCGUGUUUGUGGGUGUUCUCUCAUUCAGUAUCGCAGUCCUGAACAAAGUAGAAAUUGGAUUGGACCAGUCUCUUUCAAUGCCAGAUGACUCCUACGUCACAGAUUAUUUCAGAUCCCUUGGUCAGUACCUGCAUGCUGGGCCGCCUGUGUACUUUGUCCUGGAAGAGGGGCACGACUACACUUCCCUGCACGGGCAGAACAUGGUGUGUGGUGGCAUGGGCUGCGAUAACGACUCACUGGUGCAGCAGAUUUUCAACGCAGCCCAGCUGGACAACUACACCCGGAUUGGCUUUCCCCCCUCGUCCUGGAUUGACGAUUAUUUUGACUGGGUGAAGCCACAGUCCUCCUGCUGUAGAGUCUACAACGCCACUGACCAGUUCUGCAACGCUUCAGUGGUUGACCCUGCUUGCAUCCGCUGCAGGCCUCUGACUCCGGAGGGCAAACAGAGGCCUCAGGGUGGAGACUUCAUGAGAUUCCUACCCAUGUUCCUUUCUGAUAACCCUAACCCCAAGUGUGGUAAAGGGGGACAUGCUGCCUACGGCUCUGCUGUGAAGCUCCUCGGCAACAGCACCAGCGUCGGCGCCACGUACUUCAUGAGCUACCACACAGUGCUCCGGACCUCAGCAGACUACACCGAUGCUCUGAGGAAAGCCCGGCUUGUGGCCAGCAACAUCACCAAAACCUUGAGUGCCAAAGGCAGCAGCUACCACGUGUUCCCGUACAGCGUGUUCUACGUCUUCUACGAGCAGUACCUGACCAUCGUCAGUGACACCAUCUUUAACCUCAGCGUGUCCCUGGGAUCCAUAUUUCUGGUCACCACGGUGGUCCUGGGCUGCGAGCUGUGGUCUGCCAUCGUCAUGUGUGUCACCAUCGCCAUGAUCCUGGUCGACAUGUUUGGCGUCAUGUGGCUGUGGGGUAUCAGUCUGAACGCAGUUUCUUUGGUCAACUUGGUAAUGAGCUGCGGCAUUUCCGUGGAGUUCUGCAGCCACAUAACCAGAGCGUUCAGCGUGAGCUGCAGGCGGAGUCGCGUGGACCGCGCAGAAGAGGCGCUGGCCCACAUGGGCAGCUCUGUAUUCAGUGGAAUCACACUUACAAAAUUUGGAGGGAUUAUGGUGUUGGCUUUUGCCAAAUCUCAGAUUUUCCAGAUAUUUUACUUCAGGAUGUAUUUAGCUAUGGUCUUACUAGGAGCCGCUCACGGACUAAUAUUUCUCCCUGUCCUCCUCAGUUACAUAGGGCCAUCAGUAAAUAAAGCUAAAAUUCACGCCACUAGAGAGCGAUACAGAGGCACAGAGCGAGACCGACUCCUGAAUUUCUAGCUUUCUGGGGCUUGGCGACUCUGAACUGUGUUUGAGGGCCAGGCUGUUGACCACUGGACUGUAGUUAGGCUGUCCGGCUGGGCGGGUGGCAGCAGGCCAUGCGCAGCAGCCCCAGCCCCGGGCGUGUACACUCAGGAAUGCACAUCUGACUUGUGAAGCAGUAUUAAUGAACUCUGAAGGCAACCACAGGACACUAACGUGCCCUCCAACCCCCGUUUCUUCAAGAAAGGAACCUCAUCUUCAGCAAAAGGAAAGAUGCCAGGAUGGCUGGGAAUGCGAUCUGUCCACCGACACUUUCUGAAGGCCAAUCCAUGCACUCUCCUUUUUAGGAGUAAGCCAUCACAUUCGACACCAUAUUUUUAGUAACAUUUGAGGGUGUUGUAGAUACACUUUAUUAUAACAUUUUGUAGUUUAAAGAGCUUUAUUAAUGCAAUAAAUUAACUUUUACACAUUUUUAUAUUAAAAAAAAAACCCUAGCAAAUGAUUUCAGAAUGUUGUAGGCCUCAUAAGAGCUUGAUCUCCAAAAACCUGUUUAAAAAAAGCAACAUGUUCCUCACAGUGUUCUCCUGUAAAGGAAAAUAGAGAUUGAAUCACCAGUUAGGAAAACAAGAGACUAUAGCUCAUAGAUUGUAUACUGGGUUUUAACUUAUUUUCCUUUAAUAAAAUACCUUGUUUUCCUAA